UCUACUUCUACUCCGCCGCCACAUAUUCAGUAGUGCACUUGCACGCGGUCGGGACGGUUGAAUCUUUCUUUUCGGGAAAGCGAAACACGUGGCACGAGUUGAAAGCGAGGAUUUUCUUUUCCCGUUUCUGACGGCCAGACAGAUAUGGGGAAAAAUCGAUACUGCGUUUCCUCGCGUGUGUGGUGGUGUGAGUGACUGGGAUCCUGUGUCAAUGGGGAGCUAUAUGCUGGAUUGCGAGAAGAGAAAACAUCUGAUUCCGGCAAUAUAGUGAGAUGGUCAGGAAAUGUAUCACAUAACUCUGUUGGUCAGUACAGUAAACGUCAUUGUGGAACUGGUGAAUCAGCAUCAGUGGUGAUUAAAUGCAAAGAAAAUUGUUCCGGCUAGUGUGAAGUGGAGGAAGAUUUUAUUCCAAACUUGAAAAAUACUAUCCAGGGCGGUGCAAACUAUAAAUCUAUGAAAAUGGGUGUUAAUGACAGUGACAACGAAGAGAUUGUGUCCUCGACAUCUAAAAUGGAUUUACAAAUGUUGCAGAAAAUUUUCGUGAAACAUGAACCGGAUCUGGUUAUUGAUUCAUAUGAAGAAGCCAAAGGAUCCGGCCGCGGAGACAACUAUACUGCAGCUUUGUUCCGGAUAUCUCUGAAAGGUUACACUCGCCCCAAGGACGCGUCCAAAAAGCUUCGCUGGGAAAGAACGGUUAUUUGCAAACGGCUUCCAGACUGUAAAAUCAAACGUGAGGCUUUCAAAAGCGAAGCUCUCUUUCGCAACGAGGUUGUGUUCUACAACUGCGUCAUGCCGGAGUAUAGCGCUUUCCAGAAACGUAAGACCAAGGAUGCUGGGCACAUUUUCUCGGCCGUACCACGGUGCUACCUGGCUCAGAACGAUCUGGUGAUGUUGGAGGAUCUGCGGGUUCGUCGCUUCACCAUGCCGGAUCGGCAGACCGGAUUGGGCAUGGAGCAGAUGAAGGCCAUAUUGGUGGAGCUGUCAAAGUUUCACGCGGUCAGCUUGGCUUAUAAGCUGCAGCACCCUAAUGAGUUUAAAAGGUUAACUUCAAAGAUUUCCGAGGGCAUAUUCUCAAAGGAGAAUGCUGAGUGGUACAAGAAUUAUUACGAAAUCUUGACGAAAAAUGCUAUACAAAUGGUAUUGCAAACCAUUCCGGCUCAGACGGAAUAUUUGGAUAAAAUGAAGGGAUUUGUUAAGAAUUGCUUUGAUAACUUAGUGGAGUUGGUUAGUCGGGAGACCAAACUCUCGGUCAUCUGUCAUGGCGAUUGUUGGACUAAUAACAUUCUUUUCAAACAUGACGAGAAAGGAUUGAUUACUGAGACAUGCUUCCUAGACUUCCAGUUGAUUCGAUACGGCUCCCUGGCGUUGGACCUAGCUUACCUGAUCUAUUGUUUCACCGACGCAGCACUGCGAAAGGCCAAUCUUCAAAUUUGGCUCGGUCUCUACCAUCAACAACUGGUGAAGUCUCUCAAAGCUUUUGGCUCACUCCAGGAUCUCUGCAUCGACGAAGCUGAUCUCCUGCAGCAGAUUGAAAGCGAAUUCCGAAGCUAUGCUCCGUUUGGACUGGGAACGGCAAUGGAUAUGCUCCCCAUCAGUACCUGUUCAUCGGAAGAGGCUCCAGAUUUGUACGCCAGUGGAUCGGAGACUGCGUCUACCCCUCCGGAGUUGAACGUGCCGCCGAAUGAACUCUGUCGGCGGAAGAUGACGGAUAUUGUGCUAGAGCUAGUUGACGGUGGAAUGAUCUAAGGAUGUGGAGCGUGUGGUUGGUGUUCGCAUCAUCAGGGUUUAUGAAACAGCAGUAUUCGAUUGAUAAGAAUAUUUAUGUAUAAUUAAUCAUAGUACAAUAUAACCAUUGUGACUAGAAGAAAUUAAAUUGAAGAGUUGAUCAAGUUCACGGUUAGGUACUACAACAUUCGUUUUUAUUUCAUGAAAUGUAUAGACAAUGAUUUCUAUUCGCUUUUUAUAUGAAUUUGGAGCUAUAACAUCAAUUAUAAUACAUUAGAAUUUCAGUCUUGUUUUUUCCGAGACGUGUAUUUUUUUAUAAUUUCUUAUGUAGAGUAUAACAAUACAUACUUAUUCGAAAGUGAGAUGAGAGUUUAACUUCUACAAGUGGAAUAUAGAGGCAUGACGUUACUGCACUUGAAGAUAAC